GUGUUCUCUUGGAAAACUUCGAAUAUUAUACCAUGCGCUCGAGUAUAUCAAACGCAAGCUUGUGAACUUACACUGAAGGGCCUGCAACCUCUGAAGUGCAAAAUCAGAAAACAACAGCAGCCUCAGCCUCAGGCUUAUUCCCUUGCCAAGUUUAGGCGCUUGCACUGGUUCAAAAGGGUCACUGGGCAGAGUUUUGGGAUCAGAAGGGCCCUAGAAUUGGAUGCUUUGAUUGUUCCUCUAACGAGUCAUUUUGCUAAAAGGGUGGUGUAAAAAGGAAUCAGCUUACAAGAGGAAGGCAAAUAGAAGAACUGGUUGCCAUCGUUCUGCAAUGGCGGUGUGUCAGAAGGUCACAGCUGUGGGAGUUUGUCUCACAUGCAAAAUUGCCACGUCCACACGUUCUGCGCAUGUCGCAGGGCAGUGGCAAGCUGCUUUACUUCCCUACCCCCAGUGCAAUGCUAGUCAAUGCUUCUCAACCAACCCAUGGCAGCCUACUUCAAAACAACUCAGAAGUCCACAGCAGUUGACCUUUGCUCUGAAACGUAACUGCACUUUCUUGCAGAAUAAAGUACGCAUAGAAAGCACUAAGCCUGGAAGGUCCCGAGCUGGCAGAAGCCAUGAAACGUUGAAUGUGGUCAAUAGCGCAGCAGAAGGACUCCAAAACAUAGCUGUGGAGCAGCCCCCGAGCAGCCGAGAGGAAGCUGUCUCACAAGCACGGACCGCGUUGCAGUCUGUGAUGGUCAAGUUUCUUGCGAAGCAGGGGCGGAGAAAGGGGGGAAUUGCCAGUCAACUUCGGUUGCAAAUUGAGGUACCAGUUGCUGAUGAGACCCCAGAGGCCCAAAUCCAGUUGGCGCGGGAGGUUUGCGAUGGUGCAUUUUCUGAUAAGAAAGGCGCACCUCUCUCAGUGGCCAUCUUUGUGGCCUCAGAGAAGGUACGGAGAGUGGCUGCGGAGGAGCUUCAGAGCAUCGGAGAGGCGCCAGUCGCCAGUGUACAAACUCUUAGGGAGGGGGAGACGUUUCCAGACAAUGCAGGAGCGGUGCUUUUACUUGGUCCAAAAGAAGAGCAGAUAGCCCACUUGCGGUCCAUCGUGGGAACCGCCGGCAGCCGACCCAUAGUGGUCCUGAAUCCAGAAUGGCCGGACGCCAGCGAAGCCGAGGAGAACAACAAAGCGUUCGUGGCUUCUUUCGACGUGUGCUACUCGUUCCUGCCGCUCAACAUCGAGGCGAUGCUGAGCAAGUUCGAAGGGGCGGUGCUCAAGUUCGUGCGGAGCGGGCCGCCACAGGGAGCGCCGUGGGUCAUCUUCGUGAAGGGGAACGAAGGAUUGAAACCUGUCAAGACGUACAAGAGUAGGCCGACGGCGAAAGAUCUGGAGGACAUCUUUUACAACUACUCCGCUUCACAAAGUCCGGUUAACAAAGGCAUCGGGUUUCUGAGGGGACUGGUCGGCAAAGGGAAGAAGUGAGUUGGGGCUUCUUUGUUUGUAUCUAUACGCGAAAUCUUGAUUUUGGAAAAGUUCACCGAUAGAGGAACUGGCAACCAGAAUCUGCAUCAGCCUGGUAACUCUGAAGGUCCCCGGCGCGCUUCUUGUCAGUCAGCAGACCUCACAAGGUUUAUCCACUGCCAUUGUAUCUAUGUAGCGUAAGUGGAAUCGCGAAUUGGCCGUCUCGAAUAUUGAUGAGAUCUGACAUUGUUUUUGCGCAUGUGGUGAGUCGAACUUUCAGCUUCGUUGCGGUACUUGAUUGUUGUAAUGAAUUCUCAAACCUUGCAAGUGCUGAUG